AGCAACCACUUGUUGAAUGAAUAUUUUGCCAUGCAUCUGAACAACCACGAGAAAACUGCAACAUUACAUAUGUUCGCUAUUUUUAACUUUUCUGAUGGAAUUAUUGAUCAAAUAACGGUGAAAAUUUGGUGAAGUUCAGUUAAACUGAUCUCAGCGAGCAUGGAAAUUGAGAAUCUUCCGAACGAGUUACUAGAAAAGAUCUUCCGCCAUCUGCCGGUAGAUGACCUGGAAAACGCUGCCUUGGUUUGCCUGGCCUGGAAAGACAUCAUUCUCUCUGUCAUAAUUCCGAAAUAUGUGACAAUUCACCUAAAACCAGUUUAUCCCGUAACCCAUGAACUGAUCCCGAUGCCCUCAUUACUAUCAUCCCAGAUGAUGAAUCCUUUCGCGAAGUCGCACUAUAAAAUCACAAUCCCAAACGAAGAAUUGGUCCAAUCGCCUGAGUUCAUCGAUUUCUUCAUGCAUUGUGGAAGCAAUUUGAAAUCCCUUCAUCUACAAUUCGUUCAACUCUCUGAAGCGAUUCUCAAAGUCUUUCCCUAUCUGUCGAACCUGGAAGAACUUUGCUUGACGACCGAAUCCGAUGAACUUUACGGUCCCCGUCCGCAAAAUCCCGAACUCUAUCUUUCUUCCUUCAAAAAUCUGAAAACCCUAAAGCUCUUCCAUCCCAACUACUUCAUUCUUCAUAACACUUCCCUCCUGUCCUCCACUCCUCUCGCUUCCAUCUGCUUCGAGCGCUUCGAAGCAGACCUUCGCCACUUGAAGCCUAUUCUGCAGCAGCAUUCAUCAUCCUUACGGGAGCUCACCGUCCGAGUGGAAGAAAUGAAACCCUUCCUCCAAUACCUUAACUCCCUUCCCGAUCUCAAAUUGUGCAAACUCAACAUCAAAAGCGGCGGCAACGAAGACGACUUCACCGACGCCCUCAUCCAGCUAUUCGACGCACAGUCCCAGACGUUGCGCGUCCUCCGAAUCGGGUCCGAGCUGUCCCUUCGGGCCGUUUCGCAAAUUCCGAAGAUGCUACCGCAGCUGCAGGAACUGGAGCUGAUCGCCGAGAGUAUCCACGACUGUAAGGCGUUCGCCGAGUUGAGGCACCUCCGCAAGCUGACCAUGUCGCUGUACGACGUCCGGGCUUGGGACGAAUCUGCUUGCAUCGAGAGCGUCGUCGAUUUUGCUCUUUCCGUAACGUUUCCGCUGAUCUCGCCGGCCGUUUUCUGCUCGUUCCCCAACGCCAGAAGCUUCUACUUGGAAGACGUUGACGACGAUACGCUCAUGCGGGACAUCAUCGUGGUGCAGACGUUGAUGGAUAAGGUUCAACGCGUGGAGCGUUUGGACCUGGAGAACUAUGUGCUCAAAGAACGGGAAAUUCUGAACGAUAGCGUUCAACGCUUCGACACGAUCGAAGGCUUGCGGAUGCUCAAGUACUGCUGCCGGGACAUGUCGGAUGCAUCGCUGAUGACGAUGGCACUGCCGGAAUUGCGGGAGCUACAUCUGACGCACUGUCCGCGGGUCACAUUCAAGGGCAUCUCGUUUUUGGUACGCAGCUGUCCGCUGAUUGAAACUCUGCACUUGGAGUACAACAAGAUCGGUUUCAACGACGAUUGCAUGGAUGUUAUAACGAGGAAGUUGACGCGACUUCGGCGACUGUACUUGGUGAAUCUGAAGGGGUUGACCAACGAGAGUGUGGAGAUUAUUUUGAACAACUGUAGAAAUCUGAGGGAACUAACAUUCUCGUACUGUAUUGGCAUAACGAUGGACAAGGCGGAAGCCAUCGAGAAGCUGAGUUCGCUGAAGACGUUGCGAAACUUGGUUUACAGUUGAACUACAUAUGUGGGAGAUUUCAAAUCGUUGGUCUGUCGAAGAUAUCGCAAGGUAUUUUUGUGACAUUGCAGUAUGGCUUUGUAUGCAUAUAACUUAUAUUUUAGUAAUAUAUUCGAUUGUUGAUCUCUGUAGCUUUUAAUCCAAUAAUAAACUAUUCAUAUGAAGUAUUGACAUGCUUUAAAAAUCG